CGCGGCGCUGAGGUGACACACCAUGGUCUCUGACCCCACGGACCGUCCUGCUGGCGAGCAGCAGCGCUCCUGGGCUCUCCGCUCCGCCUCCGACGCCCGGGCCGCGCUUGGAGCCCGCUGCAGGCGCUGAGGCGCACAAGGCUCCGCGAGAUAAUAUGCAUGUGUCACUAGCUGAGGCCCUGGAGGUUCGGGGUGGACCACUGCAGGAGGAAGAAAUAUGGGCUGUAUUAAACCAGAGUGCCGAAAGUCUCCAAGAAUUAUUCAGAAAAGAUUCUGUGGAAAAGUGGAUAAUUGUGGACAAGUAUGAUAGGAUAGCAAAGUUGAAUGUAAUGGUAAUACCUAGGUGGAACUUUGGAAGGCCUGUUCAGAUUUUCCUCUGUAUCCCUGUCUUCACAGUGAGCAUAGCAGAUCCUGCUGCCCUUGGCUUCAUCAUUUCUCCAUGGUCCCUGCUGUUGCUGCCAUCUGGUAGUGUGUCAUUUACAGAUGAAAAUAUUUCCAAUCAGGAUCUUCGGGCGUUCACUGCACCAGAAGUUCUUCAAAAUCAGUCACUAACUUCACUGUCAGAUGUUGAAAAGAUCCAUAUUUAUUCUCUUGGAAUGACAUUAUAUUGGGGGGCUGAUCAUGAAGUACCUCAGAGCCAACCCAUUAAGCUUGGAGAUCAUCUCAACAGUAUAUUGCUUGGAAUGUGUGAGGACACUACUUAUGCUCGGGUUUCUGUUCGGACUGUCCUGGAUGCUUGCAGUGCCCACAUCAGGAACAGCAAUUGUGCACCUUCAUUUUCCUAUGUGAAGCAGUUGGUAAAACUGGUUCUGGGAAAUCUUUCUGGGACGGAUCAGCUUUCCCGUAACAGUGAACAAAAGCCUGAUCGAAGCCAGGCUAUUCGAGACCGAUUGAGAGGAAAAGGAUUACCAACAGGAAGAAGCCCUACUUCUGAUGUACUAGACAUACACAAGGCUCCAUUCUCUCAUCAAACCUUUCUUAACAAAGGGCUUAGUAAAUCUAUGGGAUUUUUGUCCAUCAGAGACACUCAAGAUGAGGAAGAUUAUUUCAAGAACAUUUCAUCAGAGAAUAAUUCUGGACAUGAAGAUUUUGAAAAUACCAGCACUCCUUACCAGCUCAAAGGCGAUGGCCCACAAAAAAAGGUUGUCCCUGUCAUUGAUGUGCUUCCCAAAAAGAAGAUUUGGGCUUCAUCUGUGGACUUGCUGUCUUCUCCUGAUAGAGAUUUCUCUUCUGGAGAGAUCAACAGAUACCAGCGCUGUCACCCUGAUGGCGUCACAGGGCGGACUCCAACUACUCCUAGGAAAAAAGAGGCCAGAUACUCUGAUGGAAGCAUAGCCUUGGAUAUCUUUGGCCCUCAAAGAAUGGAUCCAGUAUGUUAUACGCGAGAAUUGCCCACUCCCUCAGCAAUAUCAAGUGCUCUGGACAGAAUUCGAGAGAGACAGAAGAAACUUCAGGUUUUGAGAGAAGCCAUGAAUGUAGAAGAACCAGUACGAAGAUACAAAACUUACCACAGUGAUAUCUUUAGUACAUCCAGUGAAAGUCCAUCUAUUAUGUCCUUGGAAUCAGAUUUCAGACAAGUGAGAAGGAGUGAUGCUUCAAAGAGGUUCGAAUCCGGCAGCGGUCUCCCAGGACUGGAUGAAACUUCAGGUCAAGGCCAGCCACAGAGACCAAGUAGCAGACGAUAUGAAACACCCCUGGAAGGCAACACAGUCAACCAGGAGAUCAUGCUGAAACGGCAGGAAGAAGAGAUGAUGCAGCUGCAAGCCAGGAUGGCUCUUCGACAGUCUCGGCUCAGCCUGUGUCCUGGAGACACAGUCAAAGCUUCCAUGCUGGACAUCACCAGGGAUUCGCUAAGAGAAAUGGCCCUAGAGACAGCCAUGACCCAGAGGAAACUGAGGAAUUUCUUUGGCCCUGAGUUUGUGAAAAUGACAGUUGAACCAUUUGUAUCUUUGGAUUUGCCACGGUCUAUCCUUACCAAGAAAGGGAAGAAUGAGGAUAAUCGGAGAAAAGUAAACAUAAUACUUUUGAGCGGACAGAGAUUGGAACUGACCUGUAAUACCAAAACCAUAUGUAAAGAUGUGUUUGAUAUGGUUGUGGCCCACAUUGGCUUAGUGGAGCAUCAUUUGUUUGCUUUAGCAACUCUCAAAGAUAAUGAGUAUUUUUUUGUUGAUCCUGAUUUAAAAUUAACCAAAGUGGCCCCAGAAGGAUGGAAAGAAGAACCAAAGAAAAAGAGCAAAGCUGCUGUUAAUUUUACCUUGUUUUUUCGAAUUAAAUUUUUCAUGGAGGAUAUUAGUCUAAUACAACAUACUCUGACCUGUCAUCAGUAUUACCUUCAGCUGCGGAAAGAUAUUUUGGAGGAGAGGAUACACUGUGAUGAUGAAACUUCCUUAUUGCUGGCAUCCUUGGCACUCCAGGCUGAGUAUGGAGAUUAUCAGCUAGAGGUUCAUGGUGUAUCUUACUUUAGAAUGGAACAUUAUUUGCCUGCUAGAGUGAUGGAGAAACUUGAUUUAUCCUAUAUUAAAGAAGAGUUACCAAAAUUGCAUAAUACCUAUGUGGGAGCUUCUGAAAAAGAGACAGAGGUAGAAUUUUUAAAGGUCUGCCAAAGACUGACAGAAUAUGGAGUUCAUUUUCACCGGGUACACCCUGAGAAGAAGUCACAAACAGGAAUACUGCUUGGAGUCUGUUCUAAAGGUGUUCUGGUGUUUGAAGUUCACAAUGGAGUUCGCACAUUGGUUCUUCGCUUUCCAUGGAGGGAAACCAAGAAGAUUUCUUUUUCUAAAAAGAAAAUUACACUGCAGAAUACAUCAGAUGAAAUAAAACAUGCCUUCCAGACAGACAACAGCAAAGUCUGCCAGUACCUGCUGCACCUCUGCUCUUCCCAGCAUAAGUUCCAGCUGCAGAUGAGAGCAAGACAGAGCAACCAAGAUGCCCAAGACAUUGGUAAGGAGAAACAAACUGCUCCAGAGAGAGCUUCGUUUAGGAGCCUGAACCUCCAAGCAGAGUCCGUUAGAGGAUUUAAUAUGGGACGCGCAAUCAGCACUGGCAGUCUGGCCAGCAGCACCCUCAACAAACUUGCCGUGCGACCUUUGUCAGUUCAAGCUGAGAUUCUGAAGAGGCUCUCCUGCUCAGAGCUGUCGCUUUACCAGCCAUUGCAAAACAGUUCAAAAGAGAAGAGUGACAAGGCCUGCUGGGAGGAGAAGCCUAGCGGGAUGAGUAAAUCAUACCAUGAUCUCAGUCAGGGCCCCCCCCUCUCUCCUCAUCGGAAAAAUGUCAUUGUUAACAUGGAAUCCCCACCACACACCAUUGUGGAGUUGGUGGGAAAACCUUUCCACCAGAUGACAAGAUCUGAUACAGGAUCUUGGGCAGGACCCACAAAACUCAAUAAUUCAAAGUCUGUUGCAAGUUUAAAUAGAAGUCCUGAAAGGAGGAAACACGAAUCAGACUCAUCCAUUGAAGACCCUGGUCAAGCAUAUGGUAUAGGAAUGACUAUGCAUAAUUCUGGAAAUUCUUCAUCCCAAGUACCCUUAAAAGAAAAUGAUGUGCUACACAAAAGAUGGAGCAUCGUGUCUUCACCAGAAAGGGAGAUCACAUUGGUGAACCUGAAAAAAGAUUCAAAGUAUGGCUUAGGAUUUGAAAUUAUUGGUGGAGAGAAGAUGGGAAGACUGGAUCUAGGUGUAUUUAUCAGUUCCAUUACCCCUGGAGGACCAGCUGACUUAGAUGGAUGCUUAAAGCCAGGAGACCGUUUGAUAUCUGUGAAUAGUGUGAGUUUGGAGGGGGUCAGCCACCAUGCUGCAACUGAAAUUUUGCAAAAUGCACCUGAAGAUGUGACACUUGUUAUCUCUCAGCCAAAAGAAAAAAUAUCCAAAGUGCCUUCUACUCCUGUGCAUUUUCCCAAUGGGAUGAAAAACUACACGAAGAAGACUUUCUACACACGAGAAAACACAGUGGAUUCUUUGGAGGACCCCCCCUGGCAACGGGGUGCCCUGAGGCACCUCACAGAGGGCUCCUGUAUGCUGCCUAGGGGCCUGUGGGAAGGAAGCCUCAGUUCUCAGGACUCCAGGACAGAGAGUGCCAGCUUGUCCCCAAGCCAGGUUAAUGGUUUCUUUGGCAGCCAUUUAGGUGACGGAGCCUGGCAGGAAUCACAGCAUGGCAGCCCUUGCCCAUCUGUAGUAUCCAAAGCUACUGAGAAAAAGAGAACUUCCUCCAACAGUAACCAAAGCAAGUCCAGAAAGCCAGCCAUUCCUGAUGCACCAGAUGACUCUGAACGCGGAGACUCAGACAUGGAUGAAGCCACUUACUCCAGCAGUCAAGACCAUCAGACACCAAAAAAGGAAUCUUCUUCCUCAGUGAAUACAUCCAACAAAAUGAAUUUUAAAACUUUUUCUUCAUCACCUCCUAAACCUGGACAUAUCUUUGAGGUUGAACUGGCUAAAAAUGAGAACAGCUUGGGGAUAAGUGUCACGGUACUGUUUGACAAGGGAGGUGUGAAUACCAGUGUCAAACAUGGUGGAAUUUAUGUGAAAGCAGUUAUUCCCAAGGGAGCAGCAGAGUCUGAUGGUAGAAUUCACAAAGGUGAUCGUGUGCUAGCUGUCAAUGGAGUAAGCCUGGAAGGAGCUACCCAUAAGCAAGCUGUGGAAAUACUGAGAAAUACAGGACAGGUGGUUCAUCUACUGUUAGAAAAGGGACAACCAGCAGCAUCCAAAGAACAUGUCCCUGUUACCCCACAGUGCACCCUUCCAGAUCAGAAUGCACAAGGUCAAAGUCCAGAAAAAAUGGUGAAGAAAGCAACUCAUGUCAAAGACUAUAGCUUUGUUACUGAAGAAAAUACAUUUGAGGUAAAACUGUUUAAAAAUAGCUCAGGCCUAGGAUUCAGUUUUUCUCGAGAAGAUAAUCUUAUACCACAGCAAAUGAACACCAGCAUAGUAAGGGUUAAAAAGCUCUUCCCUGGACAGCCAGCAGCAGAGAGUGGAAAAAUAGAUGUGGGAGAUGUUAUUUUGAAAGUGAAUGGAGCCUCUUUGAAAGGACUGUCACAGCAGGAAGUCAUAUCUGCUCUCAGGGGAACAGCUCCAGAAGUGUGCUUGCUUCUCUGUAGACCUCCACCCGGUGUACUGCCAGAAAUUGAUACUGCUCUUCUGACCCCACUCCACUCUCCAGCUCAAGUGCUUCCAAGCAGCACUAGAGAUCUUUCUCAGCCAUCGUGGGUGGAGCAAAGCACCAGCUCAGAUAGAAAUGAAGUGUCUGACAAAAUCAAGAAGCCGUGCAAGUCCCCCUCCAGGAAAGAUAGCUAUAGCGACAGCAGUGGGAGUGGAGAAGAUGACUUGAUAAAAGAUCCAGCAAAGAUAUCAAAUAUAACUUGGAGUUCAGCUUUGCACCAGACUCUAAACAACAUGGUAGCCCAAAUACAUACUCAACACACAGCACCCACGAGUCAAGAAAAUGCCAUGUACACCAUGUUUUACUAUCCUCAGAAAAUACCCAGUAAACCACAAUUUGAGGACAGUAGUAACCCUCCUUCUCCUCUACCACUGGAUGUGACUCCUGGGCAGAACUGCCAGCCCCACUUAGAAUCUGCUUCCUCUAAUUCAGUGGGUAAAUAUAUACAUCACACUUCCGAACCAGCUAGACAAGAAAACUUGAUAACUUUGAAAAAUGACCUGGAAAACCAAGUGGAAGACUUUGAGCUGGAAGUAGAACUGCCCAUUACUCUAAUUAAAUCAGAAAAAGGGAGCCUGGGUUUUACAGUAACCAAAGGCAACCAGAGCAUCGGUUGUUAUGUUCACGAUGUCAUACAGGAUCCAGCCAAAAGUGAUGGACGGCUAAAGCCUGGAGACCGGCUCGUAAAGGUUAAUGAUACAGAUGUUACAAGCAUGACUCACACUGAUGCAGUGAAUCUGCUCCGGGCUGCACCUAAAACAGUUAGAUUAGUUCUUGGACGAAUUCUAGAAUUACCCAAGAUGCCAUUGUUGUCUCAUUUGCUGCCUGACAUUUCAUUAACAUGCAACAAAGAGGAGUUGGGUUUUUCCUUAUCUGGAGGGCAUGACAGUCUUCAUCAAGUGGUAUAUAUUAGUGAUAUCAAUCCAAGGUCAGUUGCAGCUGUCGAGGGUAAUCUCCAACUUUUAGAUAUCAUACAUUAUGUGAAUGGCAUCAGCACACAAGGAAUGACCUUGGAAGAAGCUAACAAGGCAUUAGACACAUCGCUUCCCUCAGUAGUGCUGAAAGCAACAAGGAUAGGCAAUUUUCUGCAUUGCUUUCAUGCCUCACACCUAUGUACCACACCAUCUAGAGAAAUCUUCAAAUGGAAAUCUCACCAGUCACCACUGGUAAAAUGUGUGUGCCUUUGCCCUCAGCCUAAAUUAAGAGAUGGUCAACCAGUGUUUCCUAGUUCAAAGAAGUCUGCCAUUUCAACCCUAGAGUCAACCAAAGCCAAUGGCCAUCACAGUAUGGAGCUCUGUGGCCAACCCACCCUCGCUCCCAGGGACUCGUUCUCCAAGGUUAAUGGGGAAGAAAUCAUUGAAAUUUUGUAUCCUGAAGGAAAAUGUUCUACUUCUCAGAUGAAGGGAUCAGCAAAUUUGACUGGGCCUGAAGAAUCUGAUAUACAAGAUGGCGAGAUUUAUGAUGAUCCUCAAGAAGCUGAAGUUAUCCAGUCUCUGCUAGAUGUUGUGGAUGAGGAAGCCCAGAAUCUUUCAAAUGAAAAUAAUGCAACAGGAGAUGCUUGUGUUCCAGGUACAUUGAAAACAAAUGGGAGGUUAUCAAAAGAGAGAGCAGAAGACACAGACUGUGAUGGCUCACCUUUACCUGAGGACUUUGCUGAGUCUCCUGAAAUGAAUGAUUGUAAAGAAUACUGUGAAGAAAAACUAAACAGUGAAAGCUCACUGCAAAAGUCACAAGAAGGGAAGAUGAAAGAGGACGAGGGAACCUGGGGAACUGGUGAUUUGUCAGUGGGAACCAUAGACCAUGAAGACUCCAAGAAAGGUCAUCUCUUCCUGACCAGUGAGGAGCUGGUGGCACUUCCUGUCAUCAGAGUGCUGCCCUCGGGGAGAUACACCGGUGCCAGUUUGAAAUCUGUCAUUCAGAUGCUGCAGGGCUUACUGGAUCAGGGAAUCCCUUCUAAGGAGCUGGAGAAUCUUCAAGAAUUAAAACCUUUGGAUCAGUGCAUAAUUGGACAGACUAAGGAAAACAGAAGGAAGAACAGAUACAAAAACAUACUUCCCUAUGACGCUACCAGGGUGCCUCUGGGAGAUGAUGGGGGCUACAUCAACGCCAGCUUCAUCAAGAUUCCAGUGGGCAAGGAGGAGUUUGUUUACAUUGCUUGCCAGGGGCCUCUCCCCACAACUGUUGGAGAUUUCUGGCAGAUGAUUUGGGAACAAAAAUCCACAGUGAUAGCCAUGAUGACACAAGAAGUAGAAGGAGAAAAAAUCAAAUGCCAGCGCUACUGGCCUAACCUCCUAGGCAAAACGACAAUGGCCAAUGACAGGCUGCGCCUGGCUCUGGAGAAGAUGCAGCACCUGAAGGGCUUUGUGGUGCGGGCACUGACGUUGGAAGACAUUCGGACAGGAGAGGUUCGACAUAUCUUCCACCUGAAUUUCACUGCCUGGCCUGACCAUGACACACCUUCUCAGCCAGACGCCCUGCUCACCUUCAUCUCCUACAUGAGGCACGUCCACAAGUCGGGCCCUGUCACCACACACUGCAGCGCUGGCAUUGGGCGCUCAGGGACCCUGAUAUGCAUAGAUGUGGUCCUCGGACUGAUCAGUCAGGAUCUAGAAUUCGACAUCUCCGACCUGGUGCGCUGCAUGCGGCUACAGAGGUAUGGGAUGGUGCAGACUGAGGAUCAGUACAUCUUCUGCUAUCAGGUCAUCCUCUAUGUCCUCACACGUCUUCAGGCUGAAGAAGAGCAAAGAGAGCAACCCCAGCUUCCGGAAUGAUGUGACAGGAGCAGCCUUCCAGUGCCUCCGCGUCUCUCCACCCUGCGGAGGAGCCACCAUACAGUUCCAUUCUGCUGACUUCCUGACCUCACAGGGGCAUUCUCAUAGUAACGAUGUCAGAUGCUGUCUUCACAGCUGCAUUCACCUGUGAUAAUUGUGAAAUUGUUUAACACUAACUGAACAGGGCUAAUGAUAGCAUUUGCUUAUAGUGGACUUUGUUACAAGGACACACUUGAGUCUAUUUUUAAUGUACCAAUCUUGUUUAUAGCAAAAUUGUUUCCAGUAUUUUAAUAGAGUUAUUUUAUAGGGGAUACUUGAAACCAGUAUUUAAGCUUUAAAUGACAGUAAUAUUGGUAUAGACAAAGUAGCAAAUGUUUACUGUAUCAAUUUCUAAUGUUUACUACAUAGAUUAUCCUGUAAUAUAUUUAUAUACUUUUUCAUGAACAUAGAGUAAAUCUGCAUUGACGGAGUUAGCUGCAUCAUGUGUUUGUAAUGCAACAUCUCACUUUGUAAAUAAAAAUGUGCAGAAACACA